AGCCACUGCUGCAGAGGAGCCAGGCCCAGCUUCAGCACACCCUCCCUGUCUCUUUCCUUCUCUGCUCAGCGCCUGUACUGAUUGUGCUGGAGAAGAAAUACAGACACCUGCCCUCCUUUGAUGAUGUCCACUGAGCAAAUGCAAGCACUGGAGCUCUCAGAAGACAGACUGGACAAGCUAGACCCUCGGUGCAGCCACUUAGAUGAUCUUUCAGACCAGUUCAUUAAGGACUGUGAUCUCAAAAAGAAGCCAAGAAAGGGGAAGAAUGUACAGACCACCCUGAACGUUGAGUCAGACCAAAAAAAACCAAGGAGGAAAGACACGCCAGCACUGCACCUCCCGCCUUUCAUACCAGAUGUGCUUUCAGAACAUUUAAUUGAAAGAUAUGAUAUUCAAGAGAGACAUCCAAAGGGCAAAAUGAACCCAGCUCUUGAUAACACUGACCUGGAACAGAAAAAGCCAAGGAGAAAAGACACACCUGCCCUGCACAUGUCCCCCUUUGCAGCAGGUGUGAGACUGCUCAGGGAUGAGAGACCCAAAGUGAUCGUGGAAGAUGACGAAAGGGAUGGUGACAAGAUAGCUAUUUAAAGAUAUGUCCCCUGAGACCACUUGUAAAUAGGUUAGAUUGUUUCCCUAUGGUGACCUAGAGAAAAAAUAGACUUUCUUCUCUCAGUUUGUUAUAGUCUGACUUUAAGAUGCAGACACUUUUUCCCCAGGAGGUUUUCUAUAUCAGAUUGCCAGUCACCUCUUUGUCUCUCUCUUCUUCCUUAAGCAUGGUUUCUAUUCCUACUUUUUGAAUUUUCGUUUCUAAGGCAGUGGAAAGGAAACAUCACCCUGAAUUAGGAGCUAUCAGGGAAAGCUCUGCUGUUCAGUUUCUGCAUCUUCUGGAUCAAUUCAUGGAGCAAAGAACAUGGAAAAAAAUGGAAAUCCUUUGCUUCAUGGUUUAUGCUGCUGGACAGGGCUUGACUUAACAUCACCCAAACAUCAGUCAGAGUGGAGACUCCCCAUUACCAGUUAGGGAGGUGAGAACAUUAGGUUCUAACUCACCGAUUGCUUUGGAGAACAUGGUCUUUAAUUUUUUCUUGUCUUAUCUCAAGAUUCUAGUGUCUCUGGUGACAUUUCUAUGAUCUUCAUAACAGAUACUCUAAAGGAGAAUAUAUGAGCUAGGAGAGCCAACCCAGCCCACCAUGCCUUGGCUGAAAAUAGAAGAGGCAGAGAGUGUUUUGUUUUUUAAAACAACUGUUCUUAACUACGUUCUCCUGACAUUUGCAAGUUGUGUCACAAGUGAGCUAUUACUAAUGAUAGGUAAAAUACCAAUGUGUGUGAUGAAUUUGCUUUUGUAAAAAUUAAGGUCAGUUGAAGUCCAUUCUGAUGUUUCUAGCAUUCUCACUUAUUGAGCAUUCUCCAAUAUGUUUUUCUGGAUGGGAGGGAAAGGUGCAGUGUUAGCUAAUGAGCGGGGGUCUAUAACCCCUGCCCCAGCCUGCCAUCUGUGGGUGCCCAGGGGAGGGCUUUGCACCUGGGCCUCAUGCAUCAGGCAAUAGACAGGGAGAAAAGUGAGAACUAUUAUUAAAAGGAGGAAAAAUAGACAUUCAAGCAGAUCAUGCCUAAAGGUGACAAUCUGGAAGCUCUGUAUAUACUCUGACUCCAACAGUUUAUUAACCUCUUCUGUCAUUCUGUCCCCCUCACAAAUAUGGAAAAGUUGCAGGACUCUACUGGAAAUAAAGAUAAUUCUAUCCACA